AUGGCUCUUAACCAAGAAGACAGCAGGAUAAUGGAAGCAGAGCGCGAACCCAGCCCAGAAAGAUUCGAAGUAUAUGCGGGAAGAUCGAACACCGGGACACAAGAUGUCAUGAGUCCACGCGAAAAGGUUGAGCGACGGGAGACACUGUCACGGCAUCUUACGGGAGCCAGUAUCUCCAGCUCCGGCUCAUCUUCAUCGGGCCAGACCAUAGAGAGAGAGGAGAUGGGCGUUUCGAGAAUGGCGACUCAGCCCGAUCUGGAGAGACAUCCUACGGCGCUGAGUCGAAUACAGACUGGCCGUAGCCAGCAUAGCGCGACCGUGCCAUUGCCUGGCUCCGGAGCUGGAAAGCCAUAUCCGCCUGCAUUGCCGGAUCGAGAGGAAUAUGUCGUGGAGUUCGAUGGACCGGACGAUCCAAUGCAUGCGCAGAAUUGGCCGUUAAAGAAGAAGCUACCGGUCGCAAUCGUGCCCGAUUUCGUCACGUUGACGGCUGCGUUCGGGUCUUCCAUCUUCUCGACAGCGACCACUGCAAUCUCACAGCAAUUUGGCUUCUCAAGGGAAUUUGGCAUCCUCGGGGUCAGCCUCUACGUCCUAGGCUUCGCCACGGGACCCAUAGUGUGGGCACCCUUCUCAGAGCUCUACGGCCGACGAAAACCUCUUUUGUUGUCUUCUUUUGGAUUCUCGAUCUUCAACAUCGCUGUCGCCGUCGGUAAAGAUUCUCAAACGAUCUUCAUCUGUCGGUUUUUCGGCGGGUUUUGCGGUGCGUGUCCACUUACGGUUGUUGGCGCAGUCUUCGCGGACAUGUUCAGCAACCGGCAGCGAGGUCUCGCGAUCACAGUGUUUUCCAUGACCGUGUUCUCCGGACCUCUCUUGGCGCCCUUCAUCGGUGGCUUCAUACUUGAAAGUUACCUUGGCUGGAGAUGGACGGAAUAUAUCACAGCGAUCAUGGGCUUCCUUGGAUUGGUACUCAGUCUGCUCUUCCUCGAGGAGACUUAUCCUCCUGUGAUUCUUGUCAACAAAGCUGCCGAUCUCAGGAGAAGGACGAAGAACUGGGGCAUCCACGCCAAGCAGGAGGAGAUUGAAGUUGACCUCCGCGAGCUGAUCGAGAAGAACCUUUCUCGGCCAAUGCGAAUGCUAUUCACCGAGCCGAUUGUGCUGCUCAUCUCCAUCUACAUGGCCUUUAUCUACGGUCUACUUUACCUAUUCUUGACAUUCUACCCGAUUGUCUUCCAACAGAUCUACGGCAUGCGCUGGAGUCUAUUCUGGUUUGGCUGGACUAGUUACACCGGUAGCAUCCCGUGGAUCGUCCCAACUCUUUCCGGUCUCUGCACCGGGUUCGGCUUGAUGUCCAUAUUUCUGCAAUGUCUGAACUAUCUCAUCGACGCAUACCUGAUGUUCGCUGCCUCAGCCAUAGCUGCGAAUACGUUCCUGCGAUCUUUAGCGGGAGCAGUAUUCCCCCUCUUUGCCACCCAAAUGGUUCAAGGUCUUGGUGUCCAAUGGGCCGGUACACUGCUAGGAUGCGUGGCUUUGAUCUGUGUACCGAUGCCAGUGCUAUUCUACCUGAAAGGCGCGAAGAUUAGGGCAAAGAGUAGAUUCGCGCCGACGUUUCCAGUUGCGAGUGCGGCUGCUCAGGAUCAGAGCGAGAGUGACCCGGAGAAUGAGUGGAAGGGCGAGUAG